AUGUCAUCCAGCCAAAGCUCCUCCCGCCAAACAUCACCAUCUCCAGCUAAGAACCUUCCAUGGUACAAGAAAUGCUGCUGCUGCAAGAAGUGCAACGGCUCCUGCUGCAAGUGGUUCCGUGCUAACCAGAAAUUAUGCAGGGGCAUCUUUAUUGCCUUAGCCAUUAUAGUUAUCUCCCUCUUUAUUCCAGAUGAAACCACAGAAGCUCAGAAGCAAGAACAGAAACAAGUAGAAAACAUUCAAGCCCAAACAAUAAAGGUCCCAGAACAAAAACAAGAUCAAGUUGUCACAGAAAGUCAAGGAAAUGUUGAAAGUAGUUCUAUUGAAAAGGCAGGAACUCCAGAAAACAAUAAUCCUCCAGAAGCUGAAAAUUUGUCCGCAGGUUCUGUUUAA